CCUACAGAAGCACCAUGACCUGUGGAUUCAGUGGCCGCGCCUCCAGCAGCAUUUCGGCCUGUGGGCCCCGGCCCGGCCGCUGCUGUAUUACCGCCGCCCCCUACCGUGGUAUCUCCUGCUACCGUGGCCUCACUGGGAGCUUUAGCAGCCACAGUGCCUGCGGAGGCUUCCGCUCUGGCUCCUGCGGACGCAGCUUCGGUUACCGCUCUGGAGGCGUGUGCGGGCCCAGCUCCCCCUGCAUCACCUCCGUGUCUGUCAACGAGAGCCUGCUCAUGCCCCUCAAUCUGGAGAUCGACCCCAACGCACAGAUUGUGAAACAUGAGGAGAAGGAGCAGAUCAAGGGUCUCAACAGCAGGUUUGCUGCCUUCAUUGACAAGGUGCGCUUCCUGGAGCAGCAGAACAAACUGCUGGAGACCAAGUGGCAGUUCUACCAGAACCGCAAGUGCUGCGAGAGCAACCUGGAACCCCUGUUUGAUGGCUACAUUGAGACACUGAGGCGGGAGGCUGAGACUGUGGAGGCUGACAGUGGGAGACUGGCCUCAGAGCUCAACCACGUGCAGGAGGUGCUGGAGGGCUACAAGAAGAAGUACGAGGAGGAAGUGGCUCUGAGAGCUUCGGCAGAGAAUCAAUUUGUGGCUCUGAAGAAGGAUGUGGACUGCGCCUAUCUUCGCAAGUCAGAUCUGGAGGCCAAUGUGGAGUCUCUGACCCAGGAGAUUGACUUCCUGCGACAUCUGUAUGAGGAGGAGAUCCGGGUUCUCAACUCCCACAUUUCAGACACCUCUGUCGUGGUCAAAAUGGACAACAGCCGAGACCUGAACAUGGACUGCAUCAUCGCCGAGAUCAAGGCUCAAUAUGAUGACAUCGCUAGCCGAAGCAGGACUGAGGCUGAGUCCUGGUACCGCAGCAAGUGUGAGGAGAUGAAGGCCACAGUGAUCCGGCAUGGUGAGACUCUUCGCCGCACCAAGGAGGAGAUCAACGAACUCAACCGCAAGGUCCAGAGGCUGACUGCUGAGGUGGAGAACGCCAAGUGCCAGAAUUCCAAGCUGGAGGUCGCAGUAUCCCAGUCUGAGCAGCAGGGUGAGGCAGCCCUCAGUGAUGCCCGUUCCAAGCUGGCUGGGCUGGAGGAUGCCCUGCAGAAGGCCAAGCAGGACAUGGCCUGCCUACUUAAGGAAUACCAGGAGGUGAUGAACUCUAAGCUGGGCCUGGACAUCGAGAUCGCUACCUACCGGCGCCUGCUGGAGGGCGAGGAGCACAGACUGUGUGAAGGUGUUGGAGCUGUGAAUGUCCAAGUCAGCAGCUCCCGGGGUGGAAUCGUCUGUGGGGACCUCGCUGUAUCGGGAUCCCGGCCAGUGACUGGCUGUGUCAGCAGUGCACCCUACACCGGGAACCUGGCCGUGAGCACUGGGAGGUGCGCCCCCUGUGGUCCUUCCAAUUCCUUCACCUCUAGUAGCCUGGGCAACUGCGGUGUAAGCUCCUGUGGUAUUAGCUCCUGUGUUGUGGGCUCCUACACCAGCAGCUGCCGGAAGUGUUAG